UGGAAUAAAUUUAAAAAUUGAAAAUUAUUGCAAUUUUUUUUUUUUAAAAAAAAAAAAAGAAAGAAAACUCCAACCCAUUCAACAAAAGUCAACAAAAAAUGACGGACUGUUAUUAUCCAGUGAGAGAAGUUGAAAUUGAUUUGCUCUAUCUUACAAGUGAACAAGCAAAAGAUGUCGUUAUACAAACGAUCAGAAAUUGUCAUUCUAAUAAAGUACCGCACGUAAAAUUUAUAACAGGACGAGUAAAUCAUAUAAAUGCAAAUGGAGAACGAGGGGUUAUUUAUGAAGCUUUUCCAUCAUGGAUGACAGAUUCUAAGGUUAAAUAUUUUAUCGAACAUUGUAAAAAACAUGAUGGAUAUUAUUUAGUUUAUAUUUAUUUAACUCCCAAUCCUUUAUUUAUCAGAAAAUUAAUUAUUGAACAUUUAUUAAGAUCAGGAUGUUUUUUAUUAAUAUUAAUAUUACUUCUUGUUUUUUACAUGCGUAGUGUAUACAAUCAAAUCCCUAUAUAGUCACACCCCUCGGGACCAAAAACAAUUGGUGUGAUUAUAAAAAUACUAUAUGAUGAGACUAAAUAGGGGUUUUUUUUAAUAAGCUUAUUAGUAAUGUAAAUGUGCUUAUAAGGGGGGAUGUGACUAUAUCUGGGGUGACUAUAAAGGGGGUCAACUGUAUAACUAAAUACAGUUAUUAGUUUCAUAAAUAGUGCACAAUACAUAUUGGAAUGUUUCACGUUCUACUAGUUUAUAUUACAUUUAUUGCAUUUAUUGUAUCUUAUCUUUUAUUUAUAUCCUGUUAUUUAUUUGUACAUUGUCAUUUUAUCAUUUAUUUACAUAUUGUUAUUUUAUUUUUUAUUUUUUUUAAAUUAAAUAUUUUAAUAUUUUUAUUCUUACAUAUCAAAUAAACUCCGGACUCCGGAAUUUAGAUCCGUCGCAAUUAAAAAAA